AUGAAAGGGGAGAGCCAGCGAACCAGAAUAAUAUCAAUACAAAUAUCAUCCACAGGCGUCUAUUGCAACACAACCUGGGACACGCUCUACUGCUGGCCGCCGACGAGAGCUGGCCAGAUGGUGAAGGAAUCAUGCGCCACCGUGUUCAGUGAUGUGCCCGACCUCGUCAAUUAUCCCGAGGCCUACGCCUACCGCGAGUGUGACCAGGCUGGCGUGUGGCUGUGGGGCGGCUGGACCAACUACUCCCAGUGCCUCAGCGUCAUCGACCACAAGGACGAUAAUUCCGCAGCAGAGGCAGUCAGCUACAUCACUUUCAUCGGCGCUCUCCUCUCCCUCUUCACCCUCAUCAUCACGAUCUUCAUCUUCACUUAUUUCAG